AUGGCCAGCUUCAUGGCCAACUUCUUCCCGGGCGCCAAGGACAAGUCGUCGGCUACCACCGCUCCCCGCCCUUGCACGCCGAGCAAGAAGGCCACCGACGGCAGCGGCAACAGCAACAACUCGGUCCUCAACCCGCCCAGCACACCUCACGGCAGCCCAAGCAAGAAAACGAUCCCACCCGGUGCUCAUGACUUACCGGCUGCCUUUGAAACGGCAAUGACGCUCAACGGCGCCGCCGGCUCCGACGCCCAUCCACGGCUGACCCGUCCUCAGACUGCUGUCAAGCCUCUAUCUCCCGGCAAGACCAAUGUGCAGCCGCCCGAAGAUUCCAGCCUUUGUGCCGACGAGAGCAUCAUUCACAAGGCGACCGCACCUGCUUCCGCGAGCCAACUAAAACGCCAGGGCCAGGAGAACACGCCGCCGUCCCGGCUGGCGGGCACCGACUCCCCCCAUCAGCAUAACCACGCUGCCCUGUCUCGACAGCAGCACUACGAACCCCGCGAGUCCCCCAUGGUGCCGGUGGCGAAAAAGUUCAACACAGCUCGAGCGUUGACGGCCGAGCAGCGCGAGUUGCUCAACAAGCCAAACGUUAAGAGACUGGUCAACGUGACUCAGCUCUACUUCCUAGAUUACUACUUUGAUCUCCUCACAUAUGUUGGCGCGAGGCAGAGUCGACUGGCCGCAUUCAAGGCCGAGUACCCGCCGCCGCCCGAGACGGACGAGCGUGCCCAUAACCAGAUGUGGUCCAAGUACACGGGACGGGAGCGUGCGAAUCUCCGCAAGCGUCGCGUGCGUCUUCGACACGGCGACUUCCAGAUCCUCACUCAAGUCGGCCAAGGCGGCUACGGCCAGGUCUUCCUCGCCCAAAAGAAGGACACGCGCGAGGUCUGCGCGCUCAAGGUCAUGAGCAAGAAAUUGCUCUUCAAGCUCGACGAAAUCCGUCACGUCCUCACCGAGCGCGACAUUCUCACUUCGGCCCAGAGCGAAUGGCUCGUCCGGCUGCUGUACUCUUUUCAGGACGACAAGAGUAUCUAUCUUGCCAUGGAGUACGUGCCCGGCGGCGACUUCCGCACCCUGCUUAACAACACGGGUGUCUUGUCCAACCGACAUGCUCGCUUCUACAUCGCCGAGAUGUUUUGCGCCGUCGACGCUCUGCACAAGCUCGGAUACAUUCACCGCGACCUCAAGCCCGAAAAUUUCCUCGUCGACUCGACCGGUCAUGUGAAGCUGACUGAUUUUGGUCUCGCCGCCGGCGUCUUGGCCCCGUCAAGGAUCGAGUCGAUGCGCAUCAAGCUUGAACAGGCAUCCGAGACGACGGUGCCGUUUGGUAAGCCCAUCAGCCAACGUACGGUGGCCGAACGUCGCGAGAGCUACCGUAACAUGCGCGAAAACGACGUCAACUACGCCAAGUCUAUUGUCGGAUCGCCCGACUACAUGGCCCCUGAAGUUCUUCGAGGGGAGGAGUACGACUUUACGGUCGACUACUGGAGUUUGGGAUGCAUGCUUUUCGAGGCACUGACGGGUUUUCCCCCUUUCGCCGGCGCCACGGCCGACGAGACGUGGCGAAACCUCAAGCACUGGAAGGAUGUGCUCAAGCGUCCCGUGUGGGAGGACCCCAACUAUUUCCUGAGCAACCGUACCUGGAACUUCAUCACAACCUGCAUCAACUCCCGCACCCGUCGCUUCUCCAACAUCAAGGACAUAUACGGUCACCAGUACUUUGCCGAAGUAGAUUGGGAGACGCUGCGGCAGACGCGCGCCCCAUUUGUCCCCGAGCUGGACUCGGAGACGGACGCAGGCUAUUUUGACGACUUCAGCAACGAAGCCGACAUGGCCAAGUACAAGGAGGUGCACGACAAGCAAGCGGCCCUCGAAUCCAUGGCCGAUCGCGACGACGAAAUGAGCAAGAGUCUGUUUGUCGGAUUCACCUUUCGCCACCGCAAGCCCGCUGGAGAAGACGGCGGCAGCCCUCGCAAGCGGAUUCCGGCCCCGGACGACACGUUUGGCACAAUGCUGUAG